AUGACUUUUAUUACCGACAGAGUCGUCGCUUCCUGUCUAAACCCUUCAGAAUCGAGUGUCGUCUAUCCAACGCCGGUGUGCCGUCGCCGAUAUGCUUCGUCGUACCUUUUACAAGCGCGCACGUGAUGAUCUAGCUUUCUGUCACCGCUUGUUGCACAUUCCGUAUAACGAACCAGAGCCUGAUUCAAAGGUAAUUUCCGAAAUCAUUAGUAUAGUUUCAAAGAAAGAAGCACCGGUUACUGAAACAUCCCAGCAACAUUGGCGCAAGAAUUGGCAAGAUCUGAGGAAGAAUAGGCUAACGGCUAGUAAUUUCUCACAUGCUAUUGGGUUUUGGCCUGAGGGUAGACGAGAGCUUUGGUUAGAGAAAAUCGGGGUAGCUAAGCAGUUCUCUGGAAACCAAGCCACGUUUUGGGACGCUAGCAAUGAAGUUGAAGCACUCAAGAGAUACAAGGAGUUAACGGGGAACGAGAUCCUCAUGCCUGAGUUCGUGGUGUACAAGAACGGUGAAGACCCUGAAGAAAACUGGUUAGGAGCUUCUCCUGAUGGAUUGAUCAAUGUGGUUAAAGAAGACGGAGUAACUUCAAGUGGCGUGUUAGAAGUGAAAUGCCCAUUUUACAGGGAUAACAAAGCGGAAGUGUAUCCGUGGAAGAAGGUUCACUGGCAAUGUGUCCCACAGCUUCAGGGUUUGAUGGAGAUUGUGGAUAGAGAUUGGUUGGAUCUGUAUAGCUGGACUCGCAAUGGAAGCAGCCUCUUCAGAGUUUGGCGAGAUACCGAGUUUUGGGAGGAUAUGAAACCGGCACUGGUUGAUUUUUGGCACAAGCAUGUUUUGCCUGCAAGAGAGGUAUACAAUAAUUUCGAUAUAAAAGACCCUCAAAUGAAGCUGAGAGAGUUCAUGCCUAAGAAGUUGCAUGAAGAUUGUAAGAAGAUCAUGCGUGGAGCUGAGAGAAUCAGCCGAGACUCCAACCGUUUGUUCUAUGAAAUCCAAGGGAAGCUUGUAGAUUGAUUUCGUAUCUUGCUUAGUUCAGUUUUGUAAACAUUAAAUCAAUCUCUUUUGAUGAGCCAAAUACAUAUUAUUACAUUGUGUAUUCUAUGUUUUUUUGUUGUGUUACAUCAGAAUAUGGGUUCUUUUUGGUUAAUGCUUCUCAAAGUUUUUUGUCUAUUACACUUGUCUAAG